UACAAGCGUAUGCUUUCUCUCUCCUCCUUCUCUCUUCCUCUAUUGCUCUAUAUAACAUACCCGUACCCCUCCCUGUAGUUCCUAGAAUCCUGGCCAAAAAUUAUUCUAUAAUUUGAGCCCCUUCCACGAAGGGCCAAAACGCCCAUACACUGCCAUUGCCACGGCAACAUUCCUCAGUGGUAAGCACAUUGAUUGCCUGGCUUGUUGUCAAUAUUGAGCCUUGCAUCUUUUUGCUGGCAAUCAGUCAAAAUUAUUUUGAAUUUUGACUGAUUGCCAUGUGCCAUUAUGACUCACCAGACUGCUGAUAAACCUAGUAAAGCCUUAGAGGGAGUUCAUGGAGUACAUCUUGUAUCCCAUUCACCAUAUAUAUUGGGGGAGCGAAAGCUACAUGGAGACUUCCAUCCAUCAACAUGUGAGAAUUUGUCUAUUGGAACAAGCCACAGGCUUACAGUGCAGAGAGUUUGGGAGCAAAGACCUGGUUGCUUGAGGCCUAUCCGUUGCUGUGUCAAUGGUGAUAGAACUCCUGCCGAAAGAAUUGUUAAUGUCCUUACUUCUCUUCCUUUUAUUGCGCUUGGUAUCCAGGCUCCAAGGAGGAAUCUCAACUGCAAACUCUAUGCAAAUUCUUUGAUAGGAGUAGGAAUAGCCUCCAGUAUGUACCAUGCAUCAAGAGGAAACUUGAGAAAGUAUUUGAGGUGGGCUGACUACACAAUGAUUGCAACAGCAACAGUGUGUCUAUCACGGGCCCUUAGAAAUGAGAAUCCAAAACUUUUGAUGGCUGCAUCUGCUGCUCUUCUACCUAUCCAGCCUCUGAUGGUUUCUGCACUUCACACAGGGAUGAUGGAGGUAUCAUUUGCGAAAAGAGCAUUCCAAGAUCCCGACCUCAGAAUGGCUCACAACGUGCACAAGAUGUCUUCAUUGUUGGGUGGCGCACUCUUCAUCGCGGAUGACAUGUUCCCAGAAACGCCAUUUCUCCAUGCUGGUUGGCAUCUUGCUGCUGCCAUAGGGGUCAGCACCUGCAACAAGCUUCUCACUUAAGUACAUCCACGACCUCAAUCAAUUUGCCGAAAUCACAUCUCCUACCUCAUCUUCCAACUUCCCGUGGCAAUGACAGAGAUUCUGUCUUGGACAAACCUACAAUUCAUUUAGAAUAAUUGCGUAAAAAUCUGUAUUAUUAUGGUUCAGGUACUUGAGGUAAUUACUGUUGCCUUAGAAAUUUUAAUUGGUGAAGGAUCUAAUGAGAGCAAUAAACUGCUCCAAUCUACGAUUAUUAUGUUAUGCUAGUUCAUAAUCGAUUAUGGAAAAAAUAAUGCAUAUAUUCUGAAAUAGUUCAUAA